AUGCCCCCCGCAGACGAUCCCAAGUCAAAAGAUAAGGGCAGAACCAACGAUGAUGGCGACCGAGAACCAGUUGUCGAUUUCGACGCGCUGCCGUCCGAAGUUGUCCAGUCCUACGUUUCAUUCUAUGACCUAGCACAGUCCUACCCACCACAAGAAUCAUCGCAGGAUUCGUCAUCCAAUGGCCGAAAGCAUAAAGCUCGUGCAGCUUCUCCUGUUCCAGCCCCAUCAAGUCGAAAGCGUGCCGCUGCCGAGAACAGUGCAGCUGAUACAGCAGCCGCGCUGGGUGCGAAUGCCAGCAAAGCAAACCAAGACGAGAUCGCAUGUCCACCACAUUUCUUCGACGCAGAUGCAGCCACCAACUAUCUCAGUCAUGUCGCUACACAACACUUUGCAUCGCAGCCGGCGCCAAAGGAAGGGGAAGUUGUCGUAGGCUUCUUGUACAAGUGUCGCGCAAAGGGCGAGCUUAACAGGCCAUUAGCUCACUACAGGCUCAGUGAUGCUGCGGACAAGGCAGGGGCACCAGAUGCUAUUGCGCAGCCUAGCAGGUAG